CGGAUACAUCUGUUAGAAUUCAGUGUUCGAUCGCAUUGGUGGUUGAACACACACCUACCUCCUGAAUUCUUUCUUCCAAAUUCCCUUCGAAAUUUCCAGUUCCAAAUUUCAGUUUUUAAUUUAGGACAACAAAAAAAUUUUAUCGUGGCAAAAUGUUUAAGAAAACCGCAGUAAUUCUCGGCAAGUGCACACGGGACUGCAUUCGCAGUCGCUGCAUGUAUCCCAACUCCCUGCUGCGAUGGCACCAUUUGGCCAUCCUCCAGGAGAAAUUCGCUGGUAACUUGGAAUCCAAGCAGGAAUACCUAAAGGCUCUGCCUAACUUGAGAAAUACAGCCAUCCCUUGCGAUGAUCAACCGACUGUGGAGAAUAGCUCCAUCGGAGAAAUCUGUGUCCAGGACGAGGAAUGUGCAGACCUGAUCAAUCCGAUGGAACGCAGAUACCUCAACGAUCUGGAGCUUCAACAGGCACAAAGAAACUGGGAGACUCGUUGGUUAAAGGACGAGAUGGAUCUGGAGGAACUUGAAACUCUAACCAAUCAGGUAACCAUGUCUGCAGGAGGGAAUAAAUCCGGUAAGGAUUCUUGCAAUAAGGAAGGUUCGGGAAAAAAAAAGAAUUCGAGCGAGAAAGGUUCAGGCAAGGAAGGAGGCAUGAAAAAGGGUGCCGGCAAAAAAGAAGAUGCGGCCAAGAAAGAGGCCGAAGCAAAGAAAAAGUGCGAUGAAAUGGCACAGAAGGAAAAAUGCGACAAGAUGGCCAAAGAUGAGAAGGCCAAGAAAGAUUCCGGCAAAAAGGAGACAAGAAGAAAGAUUCGGGCAAGGACGGAGACAAGAAGAAAGAUUCAGGCGAAGAUGGAAAAGGUAAAGAUUCAGGCACAGGAGAAAACAAAAAAGGUGCCGGCGAGAAAGAUGCGGCCAAGAAAGAAGCCGAAGCAAAGAAUAAGUGUGAAGAAAUAGCCUUAAAGGAUAAAUGUGCGAAGAUGGCCAAAGAAGAGAAGGCCAAGAAAGAAGAUGC